AUGGACGACGACGACGCUGAGCUCAGAAAUCCUUUCCCUUCUCCUCCAUCUCACUAUACAAAGUACACUUCACAUAAUCUACACCUUCUCAAUCUGCUCAAAGAGCGCGUGCCGGAUACCGACCUUGCCUUCAACCAACAUGAAAUUCUCAAAGAUCAGACGGAUGUUCCCGAUUGGUCUUUAACCCAGCUCGAGAAACCACGCGUGGAUUGGAUUCUCAAAGGGGACGAGCCGUACUACGAUGUGUUCGGUGAUAGGUGGUUUGUCAAAGACAAGAUACCAUCUCUAGCAGAGUUAGGUGGACAACAAUUGUAUCCAGAAGACCCUAACGUUGACAGACGGCCCGCGCUUCAAACAAUCCUUCGUUCUAUGCUUGUCACGUAUUCGAAUUUGACCGGUGCUUUGCUCGCUCCGCCUCCUACUCAAUCUUCAUCUAUGCCCCCGGAAUGGCAGAAACACGUAGAAUGGAUCACUAUUCUUGGUCAGAAUCUCAUGGCUGCUGCAAACGAUUUACGGCCAGUCCAAGCCAGAGGAAAUUUGGAGAUGAUGAUGAAGCGUCAGCUUGAGCUUCGUAAAGACGAAACCAGGGUCAUUCACACGAAAUGCAACGCAUUGGAAGCAAGACUUCUUGAGUUGCGCGCCUCUGCAGAGGACCUAAAACAAAGCACCUCUCCGUCAUCCGAGAAAUUUGCACCUCUCAGCCAAGACGAUCUUCUACGAUGGGCGGAAGAAGCCAGCUGA